AUGAAGAAGAACUCAUUCUCCAUAUUUCCUAUUGUGGUGGCUGGUGUUUGCAUGGCAGUCUUUGUCAUGACAGCCGAAGCUGUAAAGAUUCAUCAUCCCAAGCUCUCUCAAGGCUCAAGCAACAUCGUUCCUGGUCAAUACAUUGUUAGCUUCAACACCAAGCAAGCAAGCUCCGCCUCAGUCUUUACUCAAUCUUUGAAAGACACCAUUGAGGAUGUUGAAGUUGAAAUCAAGAGAAAGAUCAAUCACAGCUUCUUCAAUGCUGUUACUGUUGCUAUUGACACUACUUCUAAAGAUGUUCAUGAAUCUGCCUUAAAGACGAUUCUUGACCGUUCUGAUGUCAAGGCCGUUUAUCCUGUCAGAAAGAUCGCUCGUCCUAAUGUCACUUUGAAGAAGGGUAAAAAGGAUGUACCCUCCAUCUUGCCUCACUCUAUGACUCAAGUUGAUCUUGUUCACACUAAGCUCAAGAACAAGGGUAAAGGCGUCUUGGUCGGUGUCCUUGAUACAGGUAUUGAUUACUUGCAUCCUGCUUUGGGUGGUGGCUUUGGUAAGGGUUACAAGGUCAGUGUUGGUUUCGAUUUAGUUGGUGAUGCCUACACUGGUGCCAACACUCCCAAGCCUGACAGUGAUCCUCUCGAUAACUGUGGUGCUGAUUCUGGUGCUUCAGGUCACGGUACUCACGUUUCUGGUAUCAUUGCUGGUUAUGACAAGGCUACUAACUUUACUGGUGUCGCUCCUGAAGCUAACCUCGGUAUGUGGCGUGUCUUUGGUUGUAAGGGUAGCACUACCAAUGAUGUUGUCAUUCAAGGUUUGCUCUCUGCUUAUGAUGCUGGCGUUGAUGUUAUCAACUUGUCCUUGGGUGAAACCAACUCUUGGGCUAAUGCUAAUGACGCUGAAUUGUCCGUUGUUGACAAGAUUGUUGCUAAGGGUGUUAGUGUCAUUAUUUCUGCUGGUAACUCUGGUGCUAGCGGUAUUUACACUGUUGGUCAACCUAGUACUGCUGACGGUGCUUUCUCUGUCGCCUCUAUCCAAAACGGUUACUACACUGCCAAGAACUUCAAGGCCACUGGUAUUAGCCACAACAUCUUGUACACUGCCAGUACAGAUGAUACAAUUGAAAACGGACCUGUCGUAGCUGGUGAUGCUACUCCUGGUAACGGUGCUGAAGCUUGUACUGCUGAUGCAGUUCCUGCUACUGUUAACGGUAAGAUUGCUCUCAUUCAAAGAGGCAGCUGUACCUUCGUUGAAAAGGUCAACAACGCUGCUGCUAAGGGCGCCGUUGGUGUUGUCCUCUACAACAAUGUUGAUGGUACUUUCAGUGCUUCUACUCCUGGUGUCAGUAUUCCCGUUGUUUCUGUCAAUAAGGCCAAUGGUGAAGAACUUUUAGCUGCUAUCAAGGCUGGUACUGUUAGCCUCACCUUCGAUAAGGCUGGUGCUGUUACUCCUGUCGCUGAUGCUGGUACUGUUUCUUCUUUCUCCUCUCUUGGUGCUUCUUCUGAACUCAACUUCAAGCCUAACAUUGCUGGUAUUGGUGGUGUUGUUUACUCUACUGUUCCUCGUUACCUUGGUGCUUGGGGUGUUAUGUCUGGUACUUCCAUGGCUGCUCCCUACGUUGCUGGUUCCAUGGCUUUGUAUCUUCAUGCUCAUGGCAAGGAAAACAAGCCUAUCAAGUAUAUCAACGAACAAUUCCAAAACUACGCCUCUUCCGUUCCUGUCUACAACAGUUCCACCAUUGACUCCCCUGUUCGUCAAGGUGCUGGUCUUGUUCAAGUCUACGAUGCUAUCACUCAAAAGGUUCACAUUUCUCCUGCUCAAAUCAGUUUCAACGAUACUGCUACCACCAAGUAUAGAAAGCACACCAUCACCAUCACCAACCACGGUUCCAAGACUGUUCAAUUCGAAGCUGUUAACGAUGUUGCUACUGGUAUCUCUCCUUAUGAUGUCAAGAAGUCUGGCUACACGCCUCUUGAACCUGCCAAGAACUCCAAGGCUGCUGCUAAGAUUAAGUUCUCCAAGAAGACAUUCAAGCUUGCUCCUGGCAAGUCUCAAAAGAUCACUGUCACUGUCACUCCUCCUAAUACUGACCCUAAGAACCACGUCUUCUACGGUGGUUUCAUUCACUUCAAGUCUAAGCAAAAGACCACCAAUGUCGAUAUCAAGGUUCCCUACUUUGGUGUGAACGGUAAGCAAAAUACUUUGCCCAUCUUCGACGAAGGUUUCCCCACUAUCAUCGAUGCUGACAACAAGGAAUACGGUAAGGGUGAUACUUUCACUUACGACCGCUCCAAGUCUGGCAGUGCUCCUGUUGUCGUUGUCCGUCUCUUGACUCCUGCUCCUCACAUCAAGGCUGAACUUUUGGACUCCAAGACUAACAAGGUGAUUGGUCAAUUCUUGACUGGUCUUGAUUACCUUGGUCGUAACUUCCUUGCUGCCGAUCAACAAUACUCUACUUUUGUCUGGGAUGGUACUUAUGUUCCUUCUUCUAUUGCUAAGGCUCCUCUCCCUAUUCCUGCUCCCAGUGGUACUUACAAGCUCCGUUUGCGCGCUCUCAAGUUGCUUGCUGACCCCAAGAAAUCAGCCAGCUGGGAAACAUUCACUUCUGGCCCUGUUGUUGUCAAGAACUAA